CUGCAAUUCUCGCGGUACUCCAGCGGUCGGCGGCUCAGCAAUAAUGGCCGCAUUCGAAACGAUGCCUGGAACAGGGAACGCUGCGAGGAACAUACCGGGGCCCGAUAGCUGACCAAGAGUAAACUGCAGCAUUUGCUCCUUGCCUUCCCUAUCCGAUUACUGGACGGAUGGGCAGGGGCGGUUGGAGACCUAGCAACAUAAGAAACGAGAGAGAGAUUCGGGUUAAGCGGCUGGCAGACCGGAGAAGCCAGUCCACACAGCGAGGAAAGCGAGAGUGAGCAGCCCAGACGGGCAGAGCAGGGCAGGGGGGUGGGUAGAUACGGUCAGCGGUCACCGGGGGAGGGGGCUCGAAGACUCCGGUGGAAGACUCCGCAUCGCCGCUACUAUGAGUGGACCGGGUCAGGACAGCGAGCCAGAGGCGAAGGUGCUUCACAUCAAGCGGCUUUACAGGGCUGUGGUGGAAUCCGUUCAUAAGCUGGAUGUUAUCAUCGGCAACAAGUCCUCUUACAGGGAGGUUUUCAAGCCAGAGAAUAUCAGCCUGCGGAACAAGCUGCGGGAGCUCUGCGUGAAGCUGAUGUUCCUCCACCCAGUGGACUAUGGACGCAAGGCUGAAGAACUGCUGUGGAGAAAGGUCUACUACGAGGUCAUCCAGGUCAUUAAAACUAACAAGAAGCACAUUCACAGCCGCAGUGCACUGGAGUGUGCCUACAGGACACACCUGAUUGCUGGGGUGGGCUUCUACCAGCACCUGCUGCUCUACAUCCAGUCCCACUAUCAGCUGGAGCUGCAGGAUUGCAUCGACUGGACACACGUCACUGACCCUCUCAUAGGACGGAAGAAGCCAGUGUCAGCCACUGCCAAGGAGAUGGAGUGGGCCCAGAUGGCCUGCCAUCGCUGCCUCGUGUACCUGGGAGACCUGGCUCGCUACCAGAACGAGCUGGCGGGGGUGGAGGCCGAACGGCUGGCAGAGCGCUUCUACCACCAGGCCCUGUCUGUGUCAGCGCACGUCGGAAUGCCGUUCAACCAACUCGGCACGCUGGCUGGGAGCAAGUUCUACAACGUGGAAGCAACCUACUACUACCUGCGCUGCAUACAGUCGGACGCACCUUUCGAGGGGGCCUACGGGAACCUGAAGCGUCUGUUUGACAAGGCGGCCAAGAUGUACCACCAGGUGAAGAAGCAGGAGCUGAAGAGGCUCUCGCCCACGCGACAGAGAUCUAAGGACAUCAAGCGAUUGUUGGUGAACUUCUUGUACCUGCAGAGCCUGCUGCAGCCCAAGAACAGCCUCCAGGAGACGGAGCUCACGUCGCUGUGCCAGUCAGUGCUGGAGGACUUCAACCUGGUGCUCUUCUACCUUCCCGCUGCCUCCCAAAGCAGCCCGUCCGCCGGUGAGGAAGAGGAGGAGCACGAAGGCGCCUGCUCCUUCCUUCCCGAUGCUCUGGUCUUCAAGAUGGCAGUCACCUGCCUCAUGGUGGUGCACAGCCUUAAAAGGGGAGGUUCGAAGCAGUACAGCACGUCCAUCGCCUUCACGCUGGCGCUGUUCUCUCACCUGGUGAACCACGUCAACAUCCGUCUGCAGGCUGAGCUGGAGGAAGGAGAAGCAGAAGUGCCUCCUCUCCAUGCAGAUAACGCAGAUGAUCCAGAGAGUAGAGAGAAGGCUGGCCCUGGGGACUCCGAGGAAGGGGCCCUGCAGAACGGCACCGAGGGAGAGGAUGAGGAAGAGGAGGAGAAGCAACAAGGGGAGACCGAGGAACGUGCGCUGGGCGGACCAAAGAAAGCCGGCGAGGAAAGGGCGGAGGAGGACAAGCAGAAGCCGAAGAAGAAGUACUCGCGGCUGUCGAUGCUGAGGCGGCGGCGCUGCACGCGCAAACAGGACGAGAGCGACCUGAGCGAGGGUUUCGAGAGCGACGAGGAGGACGACGACGAGCAGGUGGCCCAGCCGGAGGGCCUGGGUGCCGCCGGACGCACUGCCAGCGCCUCCUCGCUGGGGAAGGAGGGCAAGCGGGACCGGCUGGUGGAGGAGGGCAGCUACGAGAGCGCCUCCGAGGAAGAGGGUGGAACGGCGUUCGAUGUGGAGACGGACUCGGACAUGAACAGCCAGGAGUCUCGCUCUGACCUGGAGGACAUGGAGGAUUCGGGCAGCCCUCCCCGUGAGCCGUCGCGACCACAGCCCCCGCCCAGGGAGGAGGGUUCCACCCCGCCGGCUGUCAACGGACCCCUGCUUCCCAACGACCCCAGUAUCACCAGUAACUUGCAGGCCAUGUCCUCCCAGCUCUUUCAGGCGAAGCGCUGCUUCCGCUUGGCUCCCACCUUCAGCAACAUGCUGCUGCAUCCCAACGCUGCAGCCCACCCGCCUCCUGAGUCAUCUCCCUCUCAGGACCCAACCGUGCCACAAGGGGGCGCCCUCCACUCUGCCAGCCCAAGCACGGCCAACGGAACGAACGACAAUGAAGGUGACUCUGACUCUGAGGGCAGCGUGCACAGCAACCCGUCGUGUCGCAGCGAGAAGACCCUGUCGGAGAAACUGGAGAUCCUGACCAACCAGGGCCUUAUUCAGGUCGUCAAGGUUUUUGUGGAUUGGCUGAGAACAAAUACUGACAUCAUCGUCAUGUGUGCACAGAGUUCCCAGAGCUUGUGGAACAGGCUCUCUGUACUUCUUAACUUACUUCCCGACGGGAGCAAGAUGCUGGAGGCAGAGCUGGGUUUGGAUGCAGAGGUGACGGCCCUGCUGAGCGAAUGUGAGCAUCCCAGCCUGACGCAGACCCUGCUGCUGCCCGAGGACCUGGCCCUGCGCAGCCUGCCUGCCCUCAGCGCAUCCCACCGACACCUGGACUUCACUUGCCAGAGACCGUCCCUGGGCUCACUGGAGGAGUGUGUGGUGAGACUCUGCUGCAUCCGCAGUUUUGGCCACUUCCUCACUAAUCUCCAGGGCAACGUGCUGCAGUACAACCCAGAGGCGGGCAUCUUCACUAGCAUCAGCCAAUCGGAGCAAGAGAACCUAGUGCAGCAGGCCAAGGCCCAGUUCCGUAUGGCAGAACAGGAGGCUCGUCGCAACCGGCUGAUGAGAGACAUGGCUCAGCUUCGGCUGCAGCUGGAGGUCUCUCAGCUGGAGGGAAGCCUGAAGCAGCCCAGGGCCCAGUCCUCCAUGUCCCCGUACCUGGUGCCCGACACGGCCGUGCUCUGCCAGCACCUGGGCCUGCUGAGGCAGCUGGCCGGCAGCGGCUGCUUCAUCGUCAUCAUCCCGCGCACAGUAAUUGACGGUCUCGAUAUCCUGAAGAAGGAGAACUCGGGUGCGAGAGACGGAAUCCGCUUCCUGGAGUCGGAAUUCCGCAGGGGCAACAGGUAUAUCCGUUGCCAAAAAGAGUCGGGGAGAUGCUUCGAGAGAGACAAGCUAAAAAGGCAGGACAUUGAAGCCUGGCACUUGUACAAGAUGGUGGACAGCUGCCGCCAGCUGACCAUUUCCCAGAGCAACGGGGACGAAGACGCGGCGGGCAUGGUGACGAUCCUCACAGGGGACGCGGUGGAGGACCUACCGGCUCGUUCCGCAAGUAUGAAGUCUGCUGUCCAGGCCGUGGCAGCGGCAGGCAUAGAGCUGAAGAACAUCCAGGAGUUCUACCGACAGUGGAAGGAGAUUGGCUGAAAGCUCGAGGGGGCAAAGGUCGGCAAGGCGGUCAGCUGAUCACUCACUCACUCACUCCCUCUCUCUCCCACUCUUUUGCUCUGUCUGUAUCUGCGUCUUUGGGGAAACAUAACAAACGAAAGAGAGUGGAGAAAGUGUUGGUAGAGGAACAGAAGGCACGUGAAAUGGGUUUGGGUCGAAUAAAGAUCAGCAGAUCCUUCCCCCCUCACCCAACCCCCCCCAACCAAAGGAAGUGACUUCAAUCGUUGGGGAGAUGAAGACAGUUGGGGGGGGAAAGACAUCAGAAAUGGUGCCUCCAGUACACGUUGUAACCAGGUAUAUACUGUAUAUGAAUGAAUGAAAGUAUAUACAUGGCGAGAGGGAAAUGUGCGCACACACACACACACACACACACACCGACGUAUACAUAUACAUAGAAAAUUGCUUUUGUUUUUUUUAUUUCAUUUGUCUUUCUCCUUAAGGUCUUGUUGGGAUGUGGAGGAGGCCUUGGUUGAAUUUGCAUGGCUAUUGCCUGGGCUGUAAUGGUACCCUGACAAUACAACAAUCACCUUUUGGUACCCUGGUUUAUUGUUAAAAGAAAGUAAACACACGUCCUUCAUCUGCUCAGGGUUCAUUCAACCCAAAAAAACAGUAGCCUAGGGGAUGAAACAAAGGGUUCGGUUUGGUGGAUGUACACUUCUUUGGGACUCUUAUGUGUUUUUUUUUCCCUCAUUUUGCUGUGUUCCUAUGUGGACAGUGACUAAUGUUUGUGCUCUCUGUGUGAUGAGCACCUGUAAAAUGACUGGGUUUGCGUGCCGGCUCCUUUUUAAUUAUUUUAUUAUUUUUUUUGUAUGUCGUAUGUUUGCUUUGCCAAGAUCUGUUAAUGCGGACUGCAGUCCCGAGGUCCCGCCCUCAUCCCUGAGUAAUGGGUGAUGCCCCCCAAUGUUGAAACUGGUCCAGUCUUGCUCUUGAUACAGAACCGAUGGGGCAAAGCACCCCGGUCCUGUGAAUGUCUGCAGGGGUGGGCCAAGGGGAAGGCGGAAGGUGGGCCUCUUUAGAGCCACUGUCCCAACAGGUGUGUUAAUAUGUUGGAAAUUUUAAUGCCCAACCGUGACUCAGCGAACCCCCCCCCCCCCCCCCCCCCAAAUCAUUUGUCACCAUAGUUUCUGUCCCAUAAUGCACUGUGCAGAGGAAUCAAAUAAGUGUGUGGCCAUGCAUUAAAAAAAAUAAACGUUUCAUUGAA